AUGGCUCCAGCAACAAGUAACGAGAACUUAGCUAUCCUUUCGCGAAUUCCGAAUGUCAUAUUCUCUUAUCCCUUACAGCUCAUAGCUGGCUUCAUCCUGCUCCGUUUACUUUGGAACAAAUUUCAAAGGCAUCUCUAUAGCAUUCCGGGACCAAGGGCAGCCGGGUAUACCAAAUUUUGGCGAUUGUAUGAUGUCUGGAAGGGUAAAGCCCACCUGACAGCGAUCGAGCUGCAUAAGAAAUAUGGGCCGCUGGUUCGAAUUGCUCCCAACCAUGUCUCUGUCUCCGAUCCAUCCUACAUUCCAGUCUUUUACAACAUAAAAGAAAACUAUACUAAGACAGGAUUUUAUCCGAUUCAAUGUAUCUCGUGGAAGAAGAGACCUGAGAUGAAUCUCUUCUCCACCAGAGAUCCAGCCUAUCACAGAAUUGAAAAGCGAAAAGUUGGUGCGGCGUAUUCUUUACCAAAUUUGCUCGAAUCCGAACAAGCAAUCGAUUCCUGCAUUACCUUAUUUAUGGACCGGCUAGAUGAGUUUGCUGCAAAGCGGCAACCCGUCGACCUUGGUGCCUGGCUACAGUACUUUGCAUUUGACGUUAUUGGUGAAUUGACCUUUGCCAGUAAACUCGGCUUCCUCGAGCAAGGCAAGGAUGUGGAUGGUAUGAUGAAAGCUAUCGAAGGAAUGCUUACGUAUGCCGCUCUCUGCGGGCAGGUGCCAGAAUAUCACAAGUUCCUUCUGGGAAAUCCGCUCUUCUCACUAUUGAUGCCGGCAAUGGAGACAUGGAACCAGGUUCUUGUUUUCACGCUCAAGGCGAUCAAUAGCCAAGCGUCAAUUAAGCGAGAUGGAGAACUCAUCAACGCUGACUCCGAAGGAAGAGACAUGCUGUCUCGGUGGGCGUAUGUGAAGUCGUCAGACCCGGACAAGAUGAACACUCGUGAUAUUGUGGUUCACCUCUCGACCAAUGUAUUUGCCGGAAGCGAUACCACCGCGAUCGCGCUUCGGGCAGUGAUCUACUACCUCUGCCGUCAUCCGAAGUGUAUGGCUAAAGUCGUGCACGAAAUCGAUACAGCCGACCAUGAGGGCAAACUAAGCACCCCUGUCGCUUACAAAGAAUCAACUGCUGUGCUCCCCUACUUCAACGCCGUCCUCAAGGAAGCUAUGCGCAUUCACCCGUCAGUGGGAUUGCUCAUGGAGCGCCAUGUUCCGCCCGAAGGCGUCCAAAUAAACGGCCACUUCAUCCCCGGCGGCACCAUCGUCGGCAUCAACCCCUGGGUAACUAAUCGAGAUGCGAGGUUCUUCCAUGACCCCGACCAAUUUAAACCCGAGCGCUGGCUCGACGCACCGGAAGCCCAACUUAAGCAAAUGGACAACAUCCUUGAGUUAAAUUUCGGUGGUGGCAGCAGGAAAUGUAUCGGACGCAAUAUUAGUAUGAUCGAAAUGCAAAAGGUUCUUCCAGAGCUGUUGAGGCGGUAUAAGAUCGAGCUGACAUAUCCGGAUAAGGAGUGGCACAUCUGUAACCAUUGGUUUGUCCAGCAGGAGGGGGUCAUUUGCAAUAUAACGAGGAGAGCAAAGUAA